CACACACAGUUUCAUCCACAACAGUCUGGUUUUACCUUUUUAAAAGCACAUUACUGUUUACAUCCCACACAUCAUGUUGAUGGAUUUACUGCAUCAUCUCUGAAGUAGAAUAUCACACAGAUCAUGAGAAAAUAUGAGUGAAGAAUUACAGGAGCAUUACAGGAAUGCCAGAUCCAAGACUCAAGCUCGAUGUCAUCCUAAAGGGCAGUCUGAACAUCCAGGGCCUGAAAAGUGUUGCCAUCACCAGAGAUGUAAUUCAUCCAUUUCCCCCAAGUCCGGAUCUACAGAGUUUCACAGUACUUACUUGAAGAGACCGACUAGCCACACCUUAAGACCUCAUAAUUUAAAUGAGAAAACCUAUAAGAAGGACUUACUCAUACAAGGGGAGGAAUCAAGGCGGAGAGAGAAGUUUAAGCAAAGCACUGAGCCACAAGCACAGAAAGGUGCUAUAUAUAAAGUGUUUAAGCAAUCAGAUAAGGAAGAACACUACAACAUAUUGGGUUAUGGUGAGGAGCUGGCACAUGGGAGUGAGAUAGAUUGGCAGGUGGGUUUAGGACACAAGGACAAAACUGACUAUGAAGGGGAUGGCUCGUUGGAUCCUCUUUCUGGCUUCUACAAUGAGAACAAUAAGGAAAUGUCUGGAGUAGCAGGACGUCUACAAACAAAAAGGAAGGAAGGCCAGAAAACAGAAGUGGGUGGAAAAAUGGGAUCGAUUAUCAAACCAGUUGAUUGUCACUUUGCUAUGAAGUCAACUACAUACAGUCGUUAUGAACAAAUAAGGCAUAAAGAUGAAAUAAACCUAAAGAAAACCAGGGUACCUGUAAAGUCUUCUCACAACAUGUUCUCUGGUGAAAUGUUUUCAAAUGAAUUUUAUCCCAAUCAUAUUUACACAAACGGAAUCAGUACAGAUGAUUUGAGCCCAGGCAGAACUGAUGUGGCCACCUUGUUCCCGGACAUCUGUGAUGCGGGCGAGGCAUUAGCAGAUGUUGAAGGAUUCUCAGACUGCGAUCUCUUUGAGAACAUUGAACCAUCAUGGAUCUCAGACACUGAAGAGGUUGAAGACCAUGAAGGAGCAAUGACACUGUCUGUUAAAAACUGCUUAAAGAGCUCAAGUGAGUCGUUGUCUACCUUUGAGGAAGAUGAUGGUGAAAAGGCAGAGGAACAAAGUCAAACUAAUCAUAUGGAUACCAAUUCUCAAAUAUUUGAAAAUUCUCAGGAUUCUGUGCAUUUAGAUAAGUCUGAAAAAGAAGCAGAAAGUCUCUCUGAGAUUUCUCACAACACGUCGUACUCCAACUCCUCAUUGUGCUCCUCUGAGUCUGAGACAACCUUUGACAAACUGGACAAAACUGAGACCAGGACUAAUCAGGAUAGGCCAGAAACUCAACAAGCUGUGUCACCCCACUCCAGAUCAGCUGACUUACCAACAUUUGAGCCUGAUUUACAAUGUGCCUCUUCAGCGACUGCUUUAAAAUCUGAAGAAGUAACAUCCCUGCAGAUGCAAGAGGACCACUGUAAUGGACAAAAGGAAGACAGAUUAGAAGUUCAAGGCAGCCCAUCAAUAUUGUCAACAGAGAAGCCAGAGCCUCUCACAGAAGAGCAUGUGUAUGAAGAGCCACAAUUUCAAAUCAAAGACUUCUUGCAGUCUAAUAAAUAUUUAAUGACUCGUUCCAUAUCUAUGGAAGCACCCACUAACAGGCUGGACCCAUUUUGCACCUCAGUAUCCAGAAAGCAUCGUUUAAUGCUACACCCACAGUCCCAUUAUAAACACAAUCAUUUCCUUGGAGAUAGCUUGCCUGCUCUGAGCGGCUCAUUAGGAUGUCUCUCUUCAGGUAUUCCUGGCCCCCCUGUCAUGGACAUACCACCUCCUUUUGAGCUGUCUUCUAUCACAAAGCGACCAAUUAGGAAGAGUACACCUGCUUUGCCAAAUGAGGUGACCGCCUGCAGUAGGAAACCUGACUUUGGCUUUAAGCGUUACUUUUUGCCAUUACGGUUCCUGAGAAAAACUGAGAAAAGGUCAGAUAGUCGCACAUCCAGAUCAUCCUCAGAAUCAAGUCCACAAGGGUCUUGCAAGAAGUUACAUUUAAUCAGGCAAUGUGCAGGAAGUCCUGAGCUACACAGGGCACAUGAUUACUCUUUACCUUCAUCUCCAUCUUCUGUACAUCUCCCAAAGACUUUACUGAGACAAAGUGUCCAUAACAAUGUUCUGUCUGCUACUCCAAACUCCUGGGGCAUGUUAGGAUUGGAGCCAGAUGACUUGGUCCACUCUAUACUAGUACAACCCCUCACGCUGUCUAAACCUCGCUCUUUUUCCUCCCCAAAUGUGGACUCGUCUGUCUAUGAGAAUGUUUUAAACACAAGUCCACACUAUGAAAAUAUUCAGGUUCGCCUCUUAACACCUUCCAGUCCGAACCUGAGAAAUCUAAGUUCAGCUAAUGACAUUGAUGGUUAUGUGGAUAUGAGCAGUCUACCAGGUUUUCAGAGUAAAAGCUUGUCAGCUGAGCAAGAGACUGAAAGUGCUUACACUACCUGCUCUCCUCUAAUAAGAUCAGAUGGAACUGUAAGUGUAUCACUUGGUGUAGUAAAUACUAAAGAGAGAGAGAAAAAUGCAACCAAAGGACUGACUGUCAAUUGUUCUAGAACAUUUUACACUGUGAAAGAGCUGCUGGACAGCGAAACUCAGCAUGUAAAGACUUUAAAGCUUCUAAAUGAGACUAUAGAUGCAGACAAGCAGCUAAAGAAACUUUGGAAUAAUAUACCUGCAAUUUACACACUCCACCUGGACCUCCAGGCUCAACUGGAAAGUUGCAUCAAAGAGUGGCAUCAGAAGGAAGGAAUUGCUGACAUUUUCCUGAGCAAAAAAGCUGAGUUUUCAGUUUUCUCUUCCUACAUCAGUGAUUACGACCAAAAAAUAAAGACUAUGGAGCAGAUGGAGGACACACAGCUGGACAUCACCACUCUGAAACAGCAGUUACUACAAGUGAUAGUGAGAGUUCUACAGUAUCAUAUGCUGCUAACAGAUUACAUGAAAAAUCUUUCACAAAACUCCAAAGAGUUAGAGGAUACAAAAGCUGCUCAGCUUAUGGUCUCUGGUGUUACUGAUUACACAAAGAACAGCCUCAAGAAUGAGGCGGAUCUUCUGCGUCUGGUCCAUAUUGAGCACAGUGUUCAGGGAUUGAAAAACCUGCUACAGCCUGGAAGGGUAUUUGUGAAGGAGGGGACGCUGAUGAAAGUCAGCAGGAAGUAUAAACAGCCUCGCCACCUAUUCUUGAUGAGUGAUAUUUUGUUGUAUACAUACCCCCAACAAGACGGCAAAUACAGACUCAUUAACACAUUAGCACUUACAGAGAUGGAGGUUACUAAACUGUUGAUUGAAAACACUCAAAAUGGCUUGAAGAUUGAGGUGAAAGACAUUACUAUCACUCUGUUAGCAAGCUCCUGUAUUGAAAGAGAUGAUUGGUUUGUCACACUAAAUCGGACAAUAGCUGACCUUGGCUCAGUUCUGGCAGUACCCGCUGGAGGUUAUGAGGUUGACAAGUCUGUGGCAUGCCUUGGAGAGAAUGCUCCACCUCUGGUCUCCGUUUCCCAAGUAGCAGUAUGUAUGAACUGCCCUGUCCAGUUCAGCCUCACACACCGAAGGCAUCACUGCCAUGCCUGUGGAAAGGUGGUGUGCAGAGACUGCUGCAGAAACAAAGUCCCACUGAAAUACAUGAAGAACCGAAAAGCUAAAGUGUGUGAUAAAUGCUACAGUGAGCUGUGCAAAAAUGAAGGAGAUGUCAGCAUGCUAAUAGAAAGCAGCAGUCGGCCGCUGUCCACAGUUUUUCAAAACAUUCACCCAACCAGUCUGUGGAAGAGUCGCAGAGGUCAUGCAUCAUUCAGCCAGGUUACCGGGUCUGAGGGUGAUAUGAGUGGGACUCUGCAAAGGAGUCGAAACAGUAAGCGGAGCUGGAAGAGUCUGUGGUUUCUUCUUAAGGAUAAAGUGCUUUAUACAUACCCACAGCCUGAGGAGAGGCUUGCAUGUGAAUCUCUUCCUCUGAUGGGGUUCACGGUGAGGUCAGAGAGUGAAGGAGAAAGCAGCGUGUUUCAGCUCUACCAUGAUUCUACUCUCUUCUACACAUUCAGAGCUCAGGACACACAUACUGCACAGAGGUGGGUGAGCGCCAUGGAAGAGGCCACUGUUCUUUAGCUGCUGCCGUGUUUAAAACAUCUUCUGACUGCAUUUGAACUCAACUAAGAUUGUAGCUUGUUUCCACUGUGAUACAGUUGCCAAUCGUCAAUAAAUUUGAUAUGAUUUUAAUUUUUUUGUAAAUCAUGUAAUCUGUAGUUGAAGCAGGUUAAAGAAGCACAAAGCAGAGUAAUGUUUUGCUGUCAUUUUUGAAAAGCAUUAUUAAAAUAUAUGAAAUGUAGUUUUAUUUUCCCCCUAUUUAGUCAGUUAAAAUGAAAACCAGGGUCAUGUACAGAAAAGUACUGUUUUUUUGUCUCUUGUACAUGGGUUGCAGGAACAGAGAAUUGUUUGUAUGUUUUUGUAUUGUCUUUUUGCUCAUAUUUAUGAAUGAAAUAUUCAGUGUUGUAUUUUAUUGCAGAAUUCCUUUGCAAAUGGGUGUUUUGUGUUGUUCUUUAAAAGAUAUUUAAAUUAAAUCUAAAGAACCAGGCAGGGAUACACCCUGGGAAGAAAGCUUACCAUCACAGGACAUCCAUAAAUACACAAAAUUUCAGUUCAGCAUGUUUUGGGAAGGUGGGUACUAAAUACCUUUAUAAAUAUCUCUAUAAAGACGUGAAGAGACUUUGCCAAACUGCUUACAAACAGUGACCAAAAGUGAGGAUUCAACUCGAGCCCCAAGGCUUCACCCAUGGACCACUAUUUCAUGUAUAGUCAGAGGCCUCAUUGUGUUUUUGUCCAAUAAAACCUUUACACUCCAUGGCCAAAAGCAUUAGUGGGAUUGACUAUUUCAGCUACAUUUAUUGUUAACAGAGACUGAGACUAGUAGUGAGAGCAGGCUGUGGUUUGGUUUAUUUGGGUGCUGUAUGAUCAUCUACAGGCAUACAAAUGCCCUGGAAUGAAAUAAGACAUUGAUACAACUUACAUUGGGUCAAAGGAGGUGCAGUUCCCAAAAGAAACAGAUGAUGCUGUAGGUUAAAAUACUGGAGCAGUUGUAAUAAAAAAAAAAACCCAUAAAGGUUCAUGUCAUCUGCCUUAGUUGGCCAUUUUUCAUUUCAACUCCUUGUGACAUUUUUUGAGAAACGAUUUGAUUGACCUGUUAUAUAAUAUUUGUUUAUUAGCAAGACAUUAUUACAUGCCGAACUGUAUUGAACAAACGACCCUGUUGGAUAAUGUUGAGUGUAAAAAUCCUAGGAGAUUUUUUGACAUACUUAAACGAGUGUAUCUGAUACCUACAACCAUUGUACGUGUCCCUAGAGUGAUAAAUCACAGUUAACCAUCUAGCAAUUUGAUGGAUUAGAAGAACAUUUAAUAAUCAGGGCAUUUUUAUGGUUUGGGCUUGGCUCUUAAUUUCAAUGAUGCUUAAUCUAAUAUUACUACAGUACAAAACAAUAAAUUUAUCCAGCAAUAAUUUAAAGAGUUAUAAGCAAUUUUGUGAUAUAUAAAAAUGGUUUUGCCUUGUCCAGGGUGUUACUGUGUGCCUUGCGCCCAUUGAAAAGCUGGGAUUGGCUUUAGCAACCCCCACUCCCGCAACCCUGAUUGGAUAAGCGGGUAAGUGAGUGAGUGAGUGAGUGGGUUUUGCCUAGUUAGGUGUGAAAAAAAAUUCACUGGUCUUCACCAGGUUCUAAUCUCAACUUUAUAAGAAUAAACUGCAACUCUGAUUGUAAGCCUGUCCUUAUCACCCAAAAUAUGUGGGCGGCACGGUGGCUAAGUGGGUAGCACUGUCGCCUCACAGCAAGAAGGUCCUGGGUUUGAUCCCCAGAUGGGCCGGUCCGGGUCCUUUCUGUGUGGAGUUUGCAUGUUCUCCCCGUGUCCGUGUGGGUUUCCUCCGGGUGCUCCGGUUUCCUCCCACAGUCCAAAGACAUGCAAAUGAGGUGAAUUGGAGACACUAAAUUGUCCAUGACAGUGUUUGAUAUAAACUUGUGAACUGAUGAACCUUGUGUAACGAGUACCGUUCCUGUCAUGAAUGUAACCAAAGUGUAAAACAUGAUGUUAAAAUCCUAAUAAACAAACAAA